AUGAACAUACCAACGCUGACCAUUGAGAAGGCCGGGGUAUGGACUGGAGUCGCAGUGUCGGCGCUGACACUUUUGGGUCGCCUUUUUGCUCGGUUCCGAGGUAUGCACCGACUGUACUGGGAUGAUGUUUCUGUCAUUGCUGCUUUCAUCCUUGUGGUGAUUACUGGAGCACUGUGGCAAUGGGGUGCCCCUGCCAUGUACUACGUUCUCAACGUGCAGGCGGGACUUGAGCUAUACGAUCAGACGCGCUUCUUUCCUGAUAUGAAACGAUGGCUUCUAGUAUCGCUCAUCGUCGAGCUUUUCUUUUACACAUCCCUUCUGCUGAUCAAGUUAGCAUUUAUUUUAUUUUUCAAGCGUUUAGGGCAACGUAUCAAGUUCUUCAAGUGGAUUUGGUGGCCAGUCCUUGUUGUGACUUUGGGAAGCUAUUUCGGUUCUGUUGGUAAUGUCGAUUACAAGUGCCUUAUUGCCCCUGUUGAGACCAUUCUCCAAGAAUGCAAUACUGCUUCGUCCAUUGGCUUUGUCGUUACAACACUAAAGGCGAACUGCGCACUGGACAUUUUCACUGAUUUCUUAAGUAAGAAUUAUCCUCCUUAUACCUUCCCUGUUCUUUGA